UUCUCCUCUGGAACCGCCACCAAACGGCCAAACGAAAAAUCCCCAGCGCGCGGACCAUUUUCCAAAGCAAACACACACUCAAAUUGCCUGAUCGUUCACUCAUUGUCCUGGCUUCUUCAACUUUCUGUAGUCUAGGGAUUGUCUGAUCUUCCUAUCAGUCACCGACUCACCUGGAUCGAUCGGAUCGGUCACCAUGUGGCGCUCUCUCUGGCGGUCCAUCGACCGCUUUUCGCUGCAGCAUUUCAAAUACGUAAUCGAUGAGCUGCGGAGGAUCAAAGUUGUGGAUAUGCGUAAUAGGGAUUUGGUCAUAGAUCUACUGCAGUCUAUAGUGGAGAUAGUUACCUAUGGUGAUAGACAAGAUCCUAUGAUAUUUGAAUGUUUCAUGGAAUACCAAGUUUUAGCAGAAUUUGUUCGUGUGCUAAAGAUCAGCAGAAAGUCGAGGAUCGAGGCACCGUUGCUGCAGUAUCUUAGCAUAAUGAUUCAAAAUAUGGAUAGCGAGCAAGCAAUUUACUAUUGUUUUAGCAAUGAUUAUAUUAACAGCAUUAUCACACAUCGGUAUGAAUUUGAUGCGGGAGAUCUAGCUCCAUAUUACGUAUCCUUUUUAAGGGCAGUGAGCAGCAAAAUAAACAGAGACACCCUUUGCCUUCUUGUAAAGGUUCAUGGGGAUUCUGUAGUCUCAUUUCCCCUGUAUAAUGAGGCUCUUAAAUUUGCUAAUCAUGGGGAAAAGAUGAUUCAGACAGCUAUACGUGCAUUAACUCUCAACACAUACAAUGUGUGUGAUGACAUGGUCUAUCAAUUUAUAACAACUCCUCCAGUCUCAAACUACUUCUCAGACUUGGUUUGUCGAUUGAGACACCAAUGCUUUCAUCUAGACACCUUUCUCCAUGCUAAAGAGGAAACAUCCACUCAGGAGAGGAGAAAUGAACUAAUUCUAGAAACUGAUAAAAUUGUAGAUGAUCUAUACUACUUGAAAGACAUACUUUGUGCCGGCGAGUAUCGUUUGAGUAGAUUAGUCACCCAAAAUCUUUUCAGCUUACUUGUCUUUCCCAUGUUGCUUCCAUUGCUGCAGUUAAGGCAGAUUGACGGCUCAAAUAUAUCAGCAGUCACUUCUCUGUAUAUAGUUUCUCGUCUUCUUCAAGUUGUAGGUGGAAAAAGCAUUAUAAAUGCUGUGGCUGGUGUUAUUCUAUAUCCUUAUAUGACCUCAAGUGUGGGAGAUGCUACUGAAAGAAACUCAGUUGUUGGCAGUUGGAAUGCUAAAUCUUUUUUGGACCAUUUGAAUCAUUUGGAAAAAAUGGUAUGUUCUGGUCCAGAGUCAGAAGGAGUAGAAAACAUUGAGAGCAGCUGUUUGUUUGGACAUUUGGCAGAGCACAUAUCAUCUAAUUCUCAAUUCAUUGGUGGCCCCCUGAAUGAUGUCUGUUCAGAAAGGGGUGGAAUACUUGCAUAUAUUUUUGCUGACAAUAAUCAGAGUCUGCUGCUAGCAUCUCUAUUUUUUUUGCUUAUUUUAGCAGAAAGUAAAGAUCUUGAUUAUUUUCUAGCUUCAAUGAUUGGGUUAAGUGGAACACAGAAUAUGAUGUCGCAGACUCGUGACUUAUCAGCUUCACAGGUAGUGGAUGGAAGUAUCUUUGUGAAAUUUAUGCCCCAGAUUUUAAAUGCGUUGUUGACUAUUUUAGCAAGCCAACCAUCAUUGUCUCUGCUAGUUCAAUGGCAUACAGGGUGGUUCUUGCACAAGCUGCUGAUUUAUCAAGAGAACAGCCUCAGUGAUCUUAAUUUUCACCUAUUCAAUACUUCAUAUGAGCAGUCCCGUGAACGCCUUCGGAAAGAACUUGAUGGAUGCUGGUUUGAUUAUAUCCCAGAUACUUUUAGAAGUGAAUGGCCAAGCUGUAAAACAGCUCUUGAGGAAUCAUCCCAAUAUAAGGAUCCCUUUUUCACAUUAGAGCUUGCUGUCUGCCAGAAAAAGACAAGCGGCGAUACCACUACUCUUUCUGCUUGGCAAAGGAUGGUAGAAGCUGUGAAGGUAUUCAUUCUCCAUUUUCAGCUUAAGGCAGUCAUUUCCAAAGGAGAUUUGCUUGAAAACCCCCUGCUUAACAUGACGACUGGUACAACUGCCGAUCCUGGAAAAAGUCGCGCCUUAGAUAUUUCAUCUGCAAGCUUUGGAUCUGAUGUUUCUUUAGGCUCUGGAAUCCCUUGCAGUAUAGCAUUUUCCAAUGCAGGAAUCAGGGAUGUCUACCUGAUACCUGUGGCAAGGGGAAUGACUGGAAAAUUGCUUCUCACUGAGAAACAUCCCUUCCGCAGUCAAAGAGGAGUUGUUAUUGCUAUUGCUCCAUUGGCCGGCUUGAGUCCAAAGAUAGACAAGGACCAUCCCACAUGGUUGCAUCUCCGGAUAAGAGAGCUUGACCCAAGAUUUGAUACAAGUAAAGCUAGAGGUAACCACUUGAAGAUGCCCAACCAUUUUACAGAUGGGAGAUGGACACUUGGUUUUUCAAACGCAAAAGCUUGUGAAGCGGCUCGGUUGUUGAUACUUGAGGAGACUCAUAAACAGAGAUCCUUUGUCGAAAGCAUACUUGCGCCACUACUCCAGGACAAUUAUCUUGGGAAUUUAUCUGAUAAUCAAGAUGAGUGAAGAUCUGACACAAGGUGUUGGAGGUUAGCUUACAAUUUUAUUCUCUUGUUCUUUCCUUGCUCUCUUUCUCCCCAACCCCCUCUUCUCUUUGUUCUUUAAUUUUGUUUUUUGUUAUUGUAACCUAGCUAGGACGUCUCUGCACAAUAGUGGUGUUUAUAAUUAGAUCAUCAAGUUUGUUGUAGCUCCAUAGGCACACCUAUUUUGUAUUAUAUUUUUAAACACGUUGCAGUCGAUGUCAAUGUAAUAAAUAGACUUAAAAGAAUUGUGUCCAAGUAAUUUUCGAGCAAAAAGGAACCAAAAAAAAAAAGUGUCGAUACAUAUUUUGUACGAAAUGAGUAACUUGCGUCUCCUUUUAGUUGCUUGUGAAUAAAUGCUCUCCAAUCUCCAUCCUCCUUGUAUUCCCUUCUAUUGUUUGGUUGAUUGCCCGGAUGAGUGGGAUAUGAAAUGACAGUAUACUUGGUGAUCGGGCGUCUGUCAUCUCCUGUGGCAGAACAUUCUUUCCAGCUCAGUUUCUUUAUAGUUCUAUUCAUGCGUCGUGCUCGUACAGGAGGUCAAACUGGUCAUCUUCCCAGCUAGAGGCCUUGAUUGAAAGUCACAUAUCAAAGUUCCAACCGCAUGAAUAUCGAUCCCAAGGUACUGGGGCUGUGGGGCACCCUCUCUAUUACUUGUAUGUAUGAAAAAACCUACUACUAUAAAAAGAAUUCAUUAAAUUCAUUCACUCAAAAAAAAAAAAAAAAGAAAAAAAAAAAAGAAAAGAAAAA